AUGGCCACUGCUCAAUUUGCCCAGAUGGGCAGCCUCCCGCAUGCCCUCAAGCCAGAUCUUGAUAUGGAGUCGUUCUUCGACUUCAACCAGGGCACUUCUCUCAACUCUCCUCAACUCUCGGGUCCUACCCCCCGCCCUUUAGUUGAUGCCUCGGCCUACUACAACGCCCCUUCGCCCUUCGAGGCAGACGACGCCCACAUGUUUGCCGGUCCCAGCCAUGAAUACGAUCGUUUCAAGCAGCAGACCGGCCUGCCGGUUGGUUCUGUCGCCAGUUUCUCCGCCUUGAACCAGCCCGUCUCUGACACUUUCACCCCCAGCCAUGCCUUUGGCGGUUUCAACUCGGGCAUUGACGACAUGGCCUUUGACCAUGGCUUCAACGGUUCCUGGUCCUCCGGUAUUGAUGUCGACGCCGACAUGAACAUGGACUUCAACGCCACUCAGACCAUUCCCACCAUCUACUAUCCCCAGCCCGCUCCGGCCCAGUCACGUUCCUCCGACUUUGUCGACCCUGCUUCUAUCGGAGCCCACGAUGCUUCUCCCAGCAAUGUCGGCAGAGUGUGGCCCGGCAUGCACCAGCAACAGGCACAGCAGGCAGCCAUGGCCAAGGCUCAGGUUCAAGCUCAUGCUCAGCAGCAAAGAAUGCAGUUCGAAGCACAGCAACAACAGCAACAGCAGCAGGAGCAACAACAACAAAGACGAAUCGCUCAGCAACAACAACAGACACAGCAGCAGCUCGAGGCCAAGCCUAGCAGAAGCCGUGCUUCUUCAUACCAAUCAGACCCCCACACCGAGGAGAGCAUCUCACGCCUCCUUAAUCAAAUGCGUCAAGGAAGUGCUGUGCCGUCUGGCAAAGACGACUCUGGCAUGCUCCCCCACGUCGCUCGCAUGCGAAAGGAAGAGGAGGACAUGGAUGAGGACGAGCGUCUGCUAAACAGCGAAGAGGGCAAGAAGCUCAGCAGCAAAGAGAGACGUCAACUUCGUAACAAAGUCUCCGCACGUGCUUUCCGGUCCCGCAGAAAGGAGUACAUCUCCCAGCUUGAAGGCGAGGUCGCAAUGAAGGCACAGGAGGCCAACGAUCUCAGAGUGGAGAACCGCAGUUUACAAGAGGAGAAUGGCCGUUGCCGCCGUCUGAUCGAGGUUCUGUUGCGCCACCCUGCGUAUGCACCUUUCAUCGAGGACAUUAGUAAGGACCCUAGCAUUGCUGGCCCUUUGGCUCAAGCUCCACAGGGUACUGCCGGCUCAGUUCCCUCGCAGCGUGAGGCCCCUAUUGAUAUGUCUCUGCUGAACCUGAACAACGGUCUUCAGGUUCCCAACAACUUUCAAUAG